AUGGCGCCCGUCUCUCCGCCUGAGUCCGCUUCUUCGCGGGCGUCCUCUCCCGCUCGCUCUCCCCUGGAAGAGCCUGCUCCCGUCUCUUUCUCUCCCUUGGAGUCUCCUCAGCCUUCAGAUCAGGCCGCUGCCUCGCGCGCUGACCACGUUCCCCCGGCGGACCCCCGCGCGGCUUCUUCCUCUGCCGCUUCGCCGUCGUCUGCGUCGCCGAUGUCUGGCGGGAGGGGGGAGGGCGUGGACUCCUCUCCAGGCUGCAGCACGUCGCUGAGUUCGUCAGACAUACCUUCGUCCCCCGAGGACGAUUUCGGCGAUAACGGGGCGGGCAGCGACCCGCGCCUGAUUGCUGCGGAGACCGCGCAGGUGAUGACGCUCGCAGCUUCCUCUGGCUCGGCUUCAGCCGGCUUGUCGCCCCUCGCCUCCUCCUUCGCGGCGACCGUUGAGCGCAGACGCGAGGCUCGGGGGGGCGGGGGGGAAGACACUGAGGAGCGUGGAGACCGUGGAGGAGAGCGCCCCGAUUUGAGGCUGAAGGCGGCGAUGCGGCGGCAAGACGCGGCGGAGAAAGCGGGACAAGUUCCUCUCUGCACUCACAGCGGCUGCCAGGUGAAGCACCGAUCCACGAGCUUCGCGGAAGCGGGCGAGGCACUUUUUGCGAGCGCAGCAGCUGGCUUGGACAGUCUGUUGUCCUCCUCAGCCUCGCUGCGCCCUUCGACCUCGCCGCCGCUGCAGCCCUCCGCCCUCGCGCCCUCCCUGCCGCGCGCAGACGGGUGCGACAACGCGGAGAGUUCGCUGCGCCAGCGAGGCGUCACCGUCGCCGGUGGCGCGCGCAGGCCGUCGUCUGGCGGGGCCCCGGUGAUGCCGGACCGCGCAGAGCAGGGGAGAGAGAGGCGCGAGGCGGGAGGGUUCUUUUCGCAGUUCGAGGCGAAGGGCGCGCACGGUGAAUCCUCAGUCGCGUCCGCGUCGCAUGGACUAAACUGCGGCGGGAGUGAGGGCGCGGACUACAUCUCCGUGCGGCCGUUUCACGCUGGCGACGCGGAGGCAGUCAAGCAGCUCUGCUACAAGCACUUUCGCUCGCUGACGGUGCCUUCGGUGUUCUUCUGGGUCUGCCACCACAGCAUCGAUCUUCUCGCCCUUUUCGUCAUCGCCCUCUGCUUCAUGCCGCUCUCGCGCGUCCUCCUCGCGGGCGUCCUCUUCUUCUUCUACCUGCUGCUCCGCGGCGUCUGGGAGUUCGAGAUGUAUAUCCGUCGCGACUGUCCCGACCUCAGCAACAUCGCAGAGAGCUACAUGAAAAACAAAGCGAGCGGAUUCUGGGUCGCCGAGCGCACAGAAGAAGACUCGAGAAACCCCAGCCACUCCAAGACCCGCAUCGUCGGAUGCAUCGGCCUCGCGCCGCUGCAGAAUGACAACAAAACAGCCCAGCUGGUCCGACUUGUAGUCGACCGGUCGCUGCGCCGCCAGCACAUCGGCUCGCUGCUUCUCAACACGUUCAUCAACUACGCGUUGCAGCAGCACUACUCCAUUGUACGGCUCUACACAAAUAACCUCAACAACGACUCCAUCCGAUUCGCGAAAACCAAGGGCUUCGAGCUCCAACAAGUCGUCCGCAGAGGACUCAUGCGAGGCGAUUUGCUCAAGUGGCAGAAGAAGCUAGAAGCGCCGGGUUUGACUCAGCGGAAGUCACGAGCCUUUAAUCUCCCCUCAUCUGUCCUCGAUUGA